AUGACCCUGAAAGUCUCCUAUGACGUUGAAAAUAUGACAAAUAAAUCAAGCAUGACUAUAAAAGCAAAUGUAGAGGACCUUCUCAAUCUGAAAAAAAGGAGAAAGAAUAACUCACUACUGAGGGAGAUCUCUUUGCGAUCGGUUAGUAGUAGACAUCCCUUGAAUGUGAAGCCCGAAGGAAAUCUCUUAUUGAAUGAAUACAAUUCAGUAAUCGAAGGAGAAAGGAAGAAACAGAUGGGUGUAUUUUUUCGAUUUGAAGACGAUCUUUUAAUGGACAUUAUGUCUUAUAUAAAAAAUGUGGAAGAUUUAAAAAACCUCUCCCACACGUCAAGGUUUAUGUAUGCAUACUUGUACGACGAAGACCUCUGGAAAAUGAAAUACAUAUCACAAUACUUUUCAUCUGGUCGAGGCCCAGUAAAAUCACGUCCUUGGAAGGGAUCAUGGAGAAGUACUAUGUUGGGGAUAGCCGAACAGGAGCAAGCGAAACUCCAGGUAGCAGAGAAUAUAUUAUGCUCUGAUGUCCUUUAUAGACCCUUUCAGUGCUCUCAAAUUGAGUAUCCGAAUUUAUUUGCAGAUAUUAUACAUGAAGAAGACAUAAAUAGAAAGCAACAAAAUAGAGACUUAGUGAGCAGCAACCCUUUACAUCUGCAAAAAAUUCCUCGGUUGAGCGAAGAGGCUUUAAGCAUGCAACUAUUCAUAGAAAGAUGGCAUGGUGAGCCUUUUAUAUUAAAUAGUUCAUCUGAUGAGAGAUGGCCAAAUUGGAAUAUCGAGUAUCUUCUUAAAAGGUUUCCAGAGGUACCAUUUCGACAAGAAGCAGUUGAAUGGAACUUAUCUUCUUACGUCGAAUACUUGAAAUCCAACCAAGAUGAAAGCCCUUUGUACUUAUUUGAUUGUAAUAGUAUUGCCAUGAAAAAUUUGAAGACUGAAUAUAUUCCCCCCAAAAUAUUCCAAUAUGAUCUUUUUAGUGUCUUUGAGCAAGAGUCAAUUAACUGUCGUCCAGAUCAUGCGUGGUUAAUUGUUGGUCCCGAGAGAUCUGGUUCGACUUUUCAUAAGGAUCCAAAUAAUACGUCUGCUUGGAAUACUACUCUCAGUGGACGAAAACUUUGGGUUAUGCUCCCCCCAGGAAUCACGCCUCCUGGAGUUUCUACUGAUAAAGAUGAAGGCGAAGUAACGUCACCAGUAGGAAUAGCUGAGUGGGUGCUCUCUGGUUUUUUCAAUGAUUGUCUCAGAAUACAAGAGUGUAAAAUAGGUGUAACGUUUCCUGGAGAGUGCUUAUAUGUUCCAUCUAAUUGGUGGCAUUUAGUGAUCAAUUUAGAUAACUCUGUGGCUGUUACGCAAAAUUUUGUCCCAUUGCCGACGCUUACUAAAACUUUAGAAUUUUUCAAGUCUAAAGGAGAACAGGUAAGUGGGUUUCGCCCAAAGGAAGUGAAGGAUGCAUUAGAACAUAUAAUAAAACAAGCAUUGGUUGAAGAUAAUGAAAUUAUCAAGUUUAAAGAAUACUGUCAUAUGUUCAAUGCUUUAAAGUUAGAUCCUUACCUCCAGAGUGAAGACUGUGGUGAACUUACACAAUUACCUCAAAUACCGAUCUAUGAACUCUUCAAAAAAUUAUUGGUACAAAAUGGAUAUCUGAAAGAAUUGUCAGCAAGCUUAGAAAAUAUUCUAAAUGAUAAUACGCAGAGUAGAGCUACUACGGGUCAUAAUAAGCUUUGGAAGAAAUUGACUACGGAUCGAGAUAACAAGAAAAAUUCAUUUUCUUUUGAUUUCAACGUUAAUGAAGAACCAGAUGCACAAGUAUCAUAG